UCUCUGUGUCCCAGGGCUGCGCCGCUGUGGGGCUGCCCGGUGUCCACCACGGGGCCGGGUGACAGGGCCGCAGGACGGCUCUCACCCUGCGUCCCUCACGCUGCUCUGCCUGUCUCUUACUCCUCUCCUCUUUGCAAUCUUGGGGCCGGGAGGCGGGGCUCGGGGGAAAGCUCGACCCACUGGGGAGGUCAGCCCUGCAGAAUCUCCUAAUGGCCUUAGAGCAGCUUAGGGGCAGGCCACCCCUCCCGGCCCCCUUUCACAUUGCCCACAGCAUUCAGCCGCGGGGCCCCACGCAGAGCCUGGACCCGCGGAGGACAGGGAGGCGCAGAGCCCUGGUCUAAGGAAUCGGCGAGCAGAGCCCCGAGGAGACCGCUGCCGACCUUCCUGGGGCGGGAUGGGACAGCAGUUCAGCUGGGAGGAGGCGGACGCCGGUGAGAUGGACGUGGCCGAGCUCCAGGAGUGGUACAAGCGGUUCGUGGUGGAGUGUCCCAGCGGCACGCUCUUCAUGCACGAGUUCAAGCGCCUCUUCAAGGUCACAGGCGACGAGAGUGCCAGCCAGUACGUGGAGGGCAUGUUCCGGGCCUUCGACAAGAACGGGGACGACACCAUCGACUUCCUGGAGUACGUGGCGGCCCUGAACCUCGUGCUGCGGGGCUCGCUGGAGCACAAGCUCCGGUGGACCUUCAAGAUCUACGACAAGGACCGCAACGGCUGCAUCGACCGCCUGGAGCUGCUGGACAUCGUGGAGUCGAUCUACAAGCUGAAGAAAGCCUGCCGGGUGGAGACAGCCAAGGACAAGAAUGGGGAGCUGCUCACCCCCGAGGAGGUGGUGGACAGGAUUUUCCUCCUGGUGGACGAGAACGGGGAUGGCCAGCUGUCCCUGGAUGAGUUCAUCGAGGGUGCCCGUCGCGACCAGUGGGUGAUGAAGAUGUUGCAGAUGGAUGUGAACCCUGGCGGCUGGAUCACCCAGCAGAGGCGGAAAAGUGCCAUGUUCUGACCCCGCACCCCAAGGGAGUCCCCAAGCUGGCCAAGGGGGCUCAGUCCCCUAUGCAGGGCAUACUAGGGUCUGAAAGGGACUCGGCUGCUCAGCCCCUCAGCUGCUCCCGGGAGAACUGUGCCUCACUGGAGGACGUGGGGUCCCACACAGUUCCAGGAGUCCUCAGUGGGAAGCGGGGCCCGGCUGGGGAAGGGGGUCUCCUAAGCGGAUCAGCAAGGCGAGCACCCAUAUUUUGGGAAGCAAAGACACAGGAAGCAGGGGCUGGAAGUGCUGCAUGUAGGGUGUGUGUUGGGGGGGUCACAAUCACAACCUCCCAGACUCCCCAGCAGUGCCCGUGGGGAGGACCCUCCGACCCCCCUCAAGGCGUCCUCCCAGGGGUAUCACCAAGAGGACACUACGGCGAGACAGCUGCGGUCCUUCUGCCCGAGGGGGCUGCGUUUGGAACAGGGCUGUGUCGGCUCCGCCCCUCUCCUUGGCUCCCACCACCUGCCUGCCCCUCCCUUCAGCCUGGACCUUCACCCCUCCCUUGAAGGGUGGAAGAAGCAUCUCUCUGUCUCUGGGGACAAUGGGGGGCCUGCCGACCUGGGUGCAGGACCAGGCUUUGCCUCCAGUGGCUGUGGGGCCCUAUUCGGCCAGUUCUCCUCCCUGACUUGAGCAGGUUGGACUAAAUGAGCAGCUUUUAUUUAUUUGUUUAUUUUUGGUAUGGGGACUCGAACUCAGGACCUUGUGCUUGCCAGGCAGUGCUGUGCCGCUGAGCUAUACCCCUGCAGCUUUUAGACUAUUGCUUUUAGGUGUGGAAUUUUGUUGUUCUUGUUAUAUAAACUCUUUUGUGCAAUCCCAGUGUAGAAACCAGAUUAAAAGAGAGUCCCUCUACUCGCAGAGGGCCGAGCAGCUCAGACCCCUCCAAGAACAGAAAGUAGAAACCAGCAUCCCAGGGCAGGGUUACCUCAUGAGACAAUUUCCUGUGGGACCUGCAAGAGCAUUUUCUUUACCUUCAAUUUAGAUACAUUUUUAUAUUGAAGCAUGAAAUAUCAAACUCAUGUAUAGAACCCCAGGUUUCAUAGGUACAAUUUUCAUAUGGUGCUCAUUUAGAAAUCAAUUUUAGAUUGAAAAUGGUUGAUUAAAAAUACUAAUUGUAGGCCAGGCAUGGUGGUAGACACCCGUAAUCCCAACCUUCAGGAGGCUGAGGCAGGAA